AUUUCUAAUUCUGAUGCUCCAUUUGCGGCAAAAAAAUUGUCUAAUUUAUGGUGCAUAUUUAAUAAUUAGCUUAAUCCCCACUCAUGAUUUUCUCCCUAUAUAUUUGCUCCAUUGCCCAUUUGAAUUCCACUAUAGUUUUCUCAAAUAAUAAAUAGUCAAUCUUUGUGGUGGGUUUUUAUUUGACUUAAAAUUUUCUGGGUUCAAGAGCAAUGGCGACAACAGUGUUUCUACAGCAGUCUUCUUUAUUUUCUUUCUCUUCAUUUACUCACAACAGCCGCCCUUUAACUAAACUUUUCGAUAGUAGUACCGCAACAAUUGUCCCUUUCUCUAACCGGCGUCGUUUCAGAGUUGUUUCUGACUCUGUUUCUGUAUCUGCUCUGCCCACUGUUCGUGGAAACUCAAGCUCAUCAGUUGGUUCAAUUAACGAGUUGAUUGAGUGUUUGAUUAAUCGAGUUGAUUUAACGGAGUCCGAGGCUGAGGCAUCUCUUGAGUUUUUGUUAACCGAAGCUAAUGAGGCUUUGAUCAGUGCUUUUCUUGUUUUGUUGAGGGCUAAAGGCGAGACUUUUGAAGAAGUUGUGGGAUUGGCGAGGGCAAUGUUAAAGCAUGCUUGGAAGGUAGAAGGGUUAAAUGAUGCUGUUGACAUUGUUGGAACGGGUGGUGAUGGAGCGAACACCGUGAAUAUAUCAACGGGUGCUUCAAUAUUGGCUGCUGCUUGUGGUGCAAAAGUUGCCAAGCAAGGGAAUAGAUCAAGUUCCUCUGCCUGUGGAAGUGCUGAUGUAUUGGAAGCUUUGGGGAUAAUUCUUGAUUUGGACCCUGAGGGAGUAGUGAGCUGUGUGAAUAAAGCAGGAAUUGGUUUUAUGAUGGCACCAAAAUAUCACCCAGCAAUGAAGAUUGUGAGCGGAGUUAGAAAGAAGCUGAAAAUUAAAACUGUGUUCAAUGUACUGGGUCCUAUGUUGAACCCUGCAAGAGUACCUUUUGCUGUUGUAGGUGUUUAUCAUGAAGAUCUAGUCUUCAAAAUGGCCAAAGCACUACAACGGUUUGGCAUGAAAAGAGCAUUAGUUGUGCACUCAGAGGGUUUAGAUGAAAUGAGUCCCCUUGGGCCAGGGCGAGUCCUUGAUGUCACUCCAGAAAAAAUUGAGAAGUUCUCAUUUGAUCCAUUGGAAUUUGGCAUUCCUCGUUGUACUCUAGAUGACCUGCGAGGUGGUGGCAAGAACUACAAUGCGGAUGUGUUGAAGCGUAUUCUUUCGGGGGAGAGUGGGCCCAUUGCAGAGGCACUUAUCCUUAAUGCAGCAGCAGCUCUCCUAGUGAGUGGUCAUGUGAAAUCACUUUCUGAAGGGGUAGCAUUGGCUCGUGAGACACAAUUAUCAGGAAAAGCUCUAAAUACGCUUAAUUCAUGGAUAGAUAUCUCCAAUAAAGUGAAUGAAAAAACUACAGUACAGUAAAAGCUUUGGAAACUUUGGGUCCACAUUCAUCACAAAUCUCAGACUUUAAAAGGAACUUUAUGGGAUCACCAUGUAACAGUGGAACAUUUGAAUAUACCAGAUAAAGAAAUUUGGUUGCAAGGCUUUGGGCUUAUAUCCUGUUUUAUUGCUUUGCUAGAUUGUUCUCAAGUUUUCUUUUCAUGAAAUAUACUUGAAACAAUUUCUUUUUAAGUGUGGAAUAAUAAUAAAUUAACCAAAUUAACAAUCUGCAA